AAUUGCAGAACAUUCCGUGUAUCUUCAUCCAUCGUGUGUGAACAUUUUGUGGCCAAGUUCGUCCAAAGUUUUCAUAUAAAAUUUUUAAUAGGUCAAGGGAACUGGUAAAAUGGCAGCACAAUUUUUCAACCGUAUUAGUCAGCUGGGUCUUGGCGUUGCUGUCUUGGGAGGAGUAGUAAAUUCGGCAUUAUAUAAUGUUGACGGUGGCCACCGGGCUGUUAUCUUUGAUCGCUUUACUGGCGUGCAGCAAGAAGUAGUAGGCGAGGGUACACAUUUUUUCAUUCCAUGGGUUCAACGUCCCAUCAUAUAUGAUAUCCGCUCCCAGCCUAGAAAUGUUCCCGUUAUAACUGGAAGUAAGGAUUUGCAGAAUGUAAACAUCACAUUGCGUAUUCUUUAUCGUCCCAUUCCGGAUCAAUUGCCAAAAAUUUAUACGAUCCUUGGUCAAGAUUACGAUGAAAGAGUUCUUCCAUCAAUUGCCCCUGAAGUGCUUAAAGCUGUGGUCGCGCAAUUCGAUGCUGGUGAACUGAUUACCCAACGUGAAAUGGUAUCACAACGUGUAUCAGAAGAAUUGACUGAGCGUGCCAGGCAGUUUGGUUUCAUCCUCGAUGAUAUUUCCCUCACACAUUUGACUUUCGGCCGAGAAUUCACUCUUGCUGUAGAAAUGAAACAAGUUGCACAACAAGAGGCCGAGAAAGCACGUUUCGUAGUAGAAAAGGCUGAACAACAGAAAUUGGCAUCCAUCAUUUCCGCAGAGGGCGAUGCCUCGGCUGCAGAUCUUUUAGCUAAAGCAUUCGGUCAAGCUGGUGAUGGUUUGGUCGAGUUGCGACGUAUCGAAGCAGCUGAAGAUAUUGCCUAUCAACUGUCUAGAUCACGAGGCGUUGCAUACUUACCGGGUGGUCAGAAUACACUUCUCAAUUUGCCGUCAUCUUUGGCGCAGUAAACGAAAUUUCUUAUGGUCAUAAUUAGUAUAUAAUAAAUACGGUUACUUGUUUGUUUUUACACUAUCCUAAAGCCAAGGCGACGUUUCUCCGCCUUUGAGCAAUAAUAAUAAGCAAAAGUUAUUUCCAAGUUUUGUUGUAUGGAAAUUGAACUAACAAUAA